AUGGUGGUUACAAUACUUCGCUCACUCUCCGGUCUCUGUGCCGUCACUUCUUCAUCGAGCCUACAACGACGGACGUCAAACUCAAAGCAUCGACUCACGGAGAUAAAAAAAGUAACAUCAAUGAAUCCUAAGCGUGGUGUUCGUCGGAGACAGAAGAAUAAGAAUGGAAACAUGGUGGAGAACCCGUAUUCGAAAGUGGAGGCGGCCCGUCCUGAUAUCCGGAAGAGCUUGUCGGAUUUUUUGGAAGAAGCGAGAGAUUUUGUUGAAGAUGGAGGUGGUCCACCUCGUUGGUUCUCUCCAUUGGAGUGUAGUGCUCAAGCUCAAGGCUCUCCUCUUCUCCUAUACUUACCUGGGAUCGAUGGUACUGGACUAGGUCUCAUUCGCCAUCACAAGAAACUUGGGGCGAUUUUUGAUAUAUGGUGCCUUCACAUUCCAGUCAGGGACCGUACUCCUCUUAAAGACUUGGUGAAACUUAUUGAGAAGACUGUUAAGUUGGAGCACUCUAGGUUCCCAAAUAGACCAAUAUAUUUAGUUGGAGAAUCUAUUGGAGCAUGUCUUGCUUUAGAUGUUGCAGCCAGGAAUCCAAAUAUUGAUCUUGCUCUGAUCUUGGUUAAUCCAGCCACACAUGUCAACAACCUCAUGUCAAGACCUCUAUCAGGAAUGAUGAGUGUGUUACCAGAUGAAAUUCCCACACUAUUGGAAGACUCAUUUGGUUUGAAGCAAGGCGAUCUAUUGAAGGGAAUGUUAGACGCUUUGUCAAAUGAAUUUUCUGUCCACCGAAUGGGCGGAUUUGGUGGAGAGAUUCUAAGAGAUCUCUUUGCAGUUUCGGCUAAUUUCCCUACUCUUAUUAGGAUGUUCCCUAAGGACACACUGCUUUGGAAGUUUGAAAUGCUUAGGUCAGCUGUUGCAUCUGUGAAUUCUCACAUAUACUCAGUCAGAGCUCAAACACUGAUACUUCCGAGCGGACACGAUCAAUGGCUUCAUAAUGACAAAGACAUUGACAGAUACUCGCGGACGUUGCCAAAAUGUAUUGUCCGUAAGCUUGAUGAUAGUGGACAGUUUCCCCUUUUAGAGGACAGCAUAGACCUGGCUAGUAUCAUCAAGUUUACUUGUUUUUAUCGCCGCGGGAAGUCCCAUGAUUUCAUUUCAGAUUACAUUAUGCCUACUUUAUUUGAGUUAAAACAACAAUUAGACGAACACAGAUUGCUAAUGGAUGCUAUUUCACCUGUUAUGCUAUCAACUCUAGAAGACGGUACAGUUGUAAGGAGCCUUGAAGGGUUACCUUCAGAAGGACCUGUUGUGUACGUUGGCUAUCAUAUGAUAUUAGGAUUUGAGUUAGCUCCAAUGGUAGGUAUACUUAUGAAAGAGAGGAACAUUCACAUGCGGGGUUUGACACAUCCUAUGGUAUUUAUGUAUAUCCGAGACUCUUUAGUCGACCCGAAGACGUUUGACAAAUAUAAGUUAAUGGGUGGAGUACCUGUCUCCAAUAUGAAUUUCUACAAAUUAUGUCGUGAAAAGUCUCAUGUGCUUUUGUAUCCUGGAGGUGUCCGUGAAGCUCUGCAUAGAAAGGGUGAAGAAUACAAGUUGUUUUGGCCAGAACAAUCCGAGUUUGUGAGAGUUGCAUCUAAAUUUGGAGCAAAAAUUGUUCCUUUCGGUGUUGUUGGAGAAGACGACAUCUUCAAUAUUGUAUUGGAUUCCAAUGAUCAAAGGAACAUCCCUAUCCUUAAGGAUUUAAUGGAAAAAGCAACAAAGGACGCUGGCAACCUAAGGGAAGGCGACGAAAGCGAAUUGGGAAACCAAGAUUGCUAUAUUCCAGGACUUGUACCUAAGAUUCCAGGACGGUUCUACUAUUACUUUGGAAAACCAAUAGACUUAGCAGGUAAGGAGAAAGAGCUGAAAGACAAAGAAAAGGCACAAGAGGUUUACUUGCAAGCAAAGUCUGAGGUCGAACAAUGCAUUGCCUAUUUAAAAAUGAAAAGAGAGAGUGAUCCUUACAGACACUUGUUGCCAAGGAUGUUGUAUCAAGCCUCACAUGGUUUGUCUUCUGAAAUCCCAACGUUUGAUCUCUAA